AUGGCAAUCCUAGCAGGCGCGAAGGAGGCGAAGAACAGCCAGUCCUUGGUUGGUCGCGAAAAUGCCUCCAAGCCACACGGUAUCGUUGGUAUGAUCAAGAAUCCGUACGUAGCCAUGACCUGCGUCUUUGCUUCCUUGGGUUGCAUGAUGUAUGGUUACGAUCAAGGAGUCAUGUCUCCUAUCUUGGUCAUGGAGAACUUCCAAAACAAGUUCCCUGGCCUGAUGGGAUCGACUAUCCAGGGCUGGCUCGUGGCUGCGCUCGAACUUGGUGCCUGGGCUGGUGCCUUGUUCAACGGCUGGCUGGCAGACAGAAUCUCGCGCAAGUACAGUAUGAUGGUAGCCGUACUGAUCUUCACCCUUGGUACUGGCCUGCAAGCCGGCGCCCAGUCACCAGCCUACUUCUUUGCCGGUCGUAUCAUCGGUGGUAUCGGAAUCGGCAUGUUCUCCAUGGUCAUUCCCCUUUACCAAGCCGAGAUCGCGCCACCUGAGCUUCGUGGAUCGCUGGUCUCGCUACAGCAGCUUUCCAUCACCAUCGGUACCACUAUUGCCUUCUGGUUGGACUUUGGUUUCUCCUUUGUGGGCGGUAACAAGUGCAUUCCCGAAGGCGUCGCCAACCCUUACCUGCCCAAUGGAAGCUACAACUAUGAGCAGAAUCAUAGCCACCCUUGUACCGGCCAGACCGACGCUGCCUGGCGUGUGCCCUUGGCUCUGCAGCUGAUUCCUGCCUGGAUUUUGUUCUUCGGAAUGUUCUUCUUCCCCUUUUCUCCCCGCUGGCUGAUGCUGAAGCACCGUGAAGACGAGGCUCGCCAAUCACUAAGCAAGCUCCGCCGACUCGACCCGCAAGAUCCUCUACUCCACGCCGAACUGAUGGAGAUCAAAGCCGCAGUGAUGUUUGACGAAGAAACCGAAGCCGAGCUGAUCGGGAAAAGCGGGAUCUUCGCACCCUGGAAAGCGCUCUUCGCGCCGAACAUGUUCAAGCGCGUAUUCCUCGGCUGCGGUAUGAUGGUCUUCCAACAAUUCACCGGUAUCAACGCCGUGCUAUACUACGCGCCUCAAAUCUUCCAAAGCUUCGGAUUCUCCUCCACAACAACCGACCUGCUAGCCACGGGCGUCACUGGCAUCCUGCAAAUCAUCUUCACUCUUCCAGCCGUGCUUUUCCUUGACAAAUUCGGCCGCAAAACGUUCUUGAUUAUCGGUGCCAUCGGCAUGUGCAUCUGCCACGUCAUCGUAGCCAGUGUCGAGGGCGUGUACGAAGACCAAUGGAACCUGAACGAACACCUCGCGGUGCCUCAGGGCUGGGUUGCGAUUGCGUUUAUCUGGCUGUUUGCCGUCAACUUUGCAUACUCCUGGGGUCCCGUGGCAUGGGUGCUGGCGCAAGAGAUCUUCCCAGCGAGUAUGCGUUCACGCGGUGUGUCUCUGGUGGCGUCGACGAACUGGAUGUUCAAUUUCGUGAUUGGUCUGACCACGAAGGAUAUGCUAGGGUCUAUGAAGUAUGGUACAUACAUCUUCUUUGCAUUCUUCAGCGGCGCUGGCGGGUUUUUCAUUUAUUAUUUCUUCCCUGAAACCAAGGACAAGACGCUGGAGGAACUUGAUUUAUUCUUUGGCGGGGACAUGGGCAGUAUUGCCACCGCGGAUCGUGAGCGUAUGCUGCGUAUUUACGAAGAGCUGGGUCUGGCUGGUGCGUCUGAGGUGGCUGAUUUGAAGGUCGAGAAGUCUGCUGUUGUUGUUCAUGAGGAGACUGCUGUUGCUCAUGAGGAAUAG